AUGGGUCGGCUCGACCGGAGUGAUACCACGGCCUCACAGAAUACCGGCGUGAAACAACCCACAGCGUUGUGUUUCGCCGUACAAUUGGCAAGACGUCAUGACUUCACGGUGCUAGCAGCUCUAGCGGUUUCCCUGGCGCCCUUCUCAGCGGGGCUUGGUAAGGGGUACAGUUCCCCUGCCAUAGCUUCCCUACAAGGGCCAGGAGCUAAUGCUACCAGAAGAGACUUCCAGCUGACUGACCAACAGGCUUCUUGGCUUGCUUCAUUGUCGUUUCUAGGCGCAUUGUUUGGUGGCAUGGCCGGUGGUGCUGCCAUGCGCCAUGGACGUCGUCGGGUGCUGUCCUUAGCGGCUGCCCCUUGCAGCCUCUCCUGGUUGCUCACCACCGUGGCUACUUCUGUCAGAAUGAUGUGCAUCACCGCCUUCCUAGGAGGGUUCUGCUGUUCCAUCUUGACUAUGCUGUCGCAGGUAUACAUCAGUGAAAUAUCAGUCCCGGACAUCCGCGGCUGCCUCAGCGCUGUGCUCAAGAUAGUCGGCCAUCUUGGCGUCCUAUUCAGUUUCACCAUCGGUGCCUACCUUGACUGGCAACAGUUAGCACUUUGUAUAUCAGCAGCUCCUUUACUUCUCUUCUGCACCGUUCUGUACAUACCUGAGACACCAAGCUACCUCGUCCUCACUGGGAAAGAUGAAGAAGCUUACAAAAGCCUCCUUUGGUUACGUGGACCCAACUCCGACGUAGCCCAGGAGCUGGCCACGAUCCGCACGAACGUCCUCGCAAGUAAGAACUUUAGCCAACGACAGAGUCAGAUGUCAGGAAGUCAACUUAUCAACUCCUUGGAUGUAAGGACCAUGAACCGGCUCCUAGGACCAAUUCUAGUGACAUGCGGACUUAUGAUGUUUCAAAGAUUUUCUGGAGCUCACGCGUUUUCGUUUUACGCUGUUCCAAUAUUUAGGAAGACUUUCGGUGGAAUGAACCCUCAUGGAGCCGCCAUCGCUGUGUCCUUCGUCCAGCUCCUCGCGUCGUGUUUGUCCGGAUUGCUUAUUGACACUGUGGGUCGUCUUCCUCUUUUGAUAGUCAGUUCAGUUUUGAUGUCAAUGGCGCUCGCAGGGUUCGGGAGUUACGCUUACUAUGAAGAGGUUCACCGUAAUCAGAGAAUCCAGAAUGUAAUGUUUCACCAGACUAUAGGACAAAAUGAUUGGAUUCCGUUGCUUUGUGUUCUAGUUUUUACGAUUGCAUUUUCUUUGGGUAUGAGUCCUAUAUCGUGGUUGUUGAUCGGAGAGCUGUUCCCAUUGGAGUACAGGGCUUUUGGCAGCGCGAUGGCGACUGCAUUCAGCUACCUCUGUGCAUUUGUCGGCGUUAAGACCUUCGUAGAUUUUCAGCAGACUCUAGGGUUGCACGGCGCAUUUUGGCUAUACGCUUCUAUAAGUGUGGGAGGUCUAUGUUUCGUGGUCUGCUGCGUCCCUGAAACUAAAGGCAAGGACUUAGACGAGAUGGACCCUAAUUACGUUCAAAGUUUGUCGCCGAAAAGGAAAAUAAUUGAAACUAAUAGGUACAUAUUAGGAGUGCGAGACAAUACGUCGGCACGAAUGGGUCGGCCCGACCGGAGUAAUACCACGGCCUCACACAAAACCAGCAUGAUGAAUCUACAAAACUUGAAUCCCCAAAAGGCUUUAAGUGUGGGAGAGCCGUGCUUCAGCGGGAAUGGGUCGGCUCGACCGGAGUGA